AUGUCAAGUGUACAAGAACAGUAUAACGAUGUUAUGAGUAGUGAGGAUGACGAUGUUGAAAUGGUAGAUUCUGAGAAUGUCUCUGCAACUGUUGGUUGUGCACCUACAGCUAUUUCAAUUGGAAAGAAAGGAAACAAUUCAAAGAAAUCUCGACUUAGAUCUGAUGUUUGGGACUUUUUUGACCGCGUUAAAGAGAAAGAUGGAACAGAGAAGGGAGUGUGUAAGGCUUGUAAAUUUGGAUAUAAAUAUGAAAGCAGCAAAGGCGGAACCUCAUCUAUGAGAAGGCAUGUGUGUCCUCAGCGUCAGUCUAAGGACAUAGGGCAGAUGAUGUUAUCUGCAAAGAACGGCCAGUCUACCCGCGUACGCAAAUUUGAUCAAAUGAAGUUCCGGGAUCUUCUUUCAACAUUACUCAUUGCAAGAAACGUCCCAUUUUCGUUGGUGGAAUGGAAAGAAUUUAGGGAUAUAUGUAGGAUGUGUCUAACAUCUGACAUGUGGACUUCUGUUACGACUACAGGGUAUAUAAGCUUAACUGUGCACUAUCUUGAUCAAAAUUGGGAGUUAAAGAAGUAUCUUCUGAAUUUUUGUGAACUUCCACCACCUCAUACAGGUGAAAAUCUUUCUGCCAUGCUAUUUGCGAUGAUAGAAGAUUGGGGAAUUGAAGAUAAAGUAUCCAACAUCACCUUGGAUAACGCUGCAAAUAACGGAGCUUGUGCUAGAAUUAUGCAAAGCAGACUUGUUGCGAAGAAGAUCUUGUUUAACAAGGGAAAAUACUUUCAUGUGCGUUGUUGUGCUCACAUCUUAGCUCUUAUCGUAAAAGAUGGACUUGUGAAGAUUGAUCCAGCUGUGCUUAAGAUAAGAAAGUCUGUGAAGUCCCUUAAGAAGUCUCAAGUAAGAAAACAAAAAUUCUUGGACAUUGUUGAUGCUUUAGGAAUGUCUAGAACAAGAAGGGGUAUUCGUCAAGACGUGAGCACAAGGUGGAAUUCAACUUAUCUCAUGUUGGACAGCUGUCUUGUUUAUAGAGUUGUUUUUGCUCAUUUAAAGGAGGUGGAUCCAGACUAUGAAGACUGUCCAACUGAUGAAGAAUGGGAGAAAAUUGAAGUUGUCACAAAGUUUCUCAAGACAUUUUAUGAUCUCACGACUUUAUUUUCUGGUAGUAAGUAUCCUACUUCCAAUCUUUAUUUUGAAGGAGUUUGUCGAGUUCAGGUGUUACUCAAAAAAGAAAGUACAAAUGAUAUUGAUUACAUUAGGGAGAUGGUAAAAGAGAUGCAAGAAAAAUUUAACAGUUAUUGGACGAACUUGAGUCCUAUAUUGGCUAUUGCACUUGUGUUAGAUCCUAGAUAUAAACUUCAUUAUCUGAACUUUGCUUACUCCAAGUUGUAUCCUGAUGUAAGAGUACUAGAAAGAAAAGUUAAUGAUGUGCGUGAUGAAAUGAAAAAACUUUAUAAUGAGUAUUGCAUCUUUUCAAGAGCUUCUGGAAUUGGAACUCAGAAUUUGGGUACUCAAACCGAUGGGAAUUCUGCCCAUCAAGGAAGUGAGUGGUACGAGUUAUUGUACUUUAUGUUCUUAUAG